AUGGAAUCCAAAGAAGUAUUGUCAUUAAUUAAGAACCUUGAACAAUCAAAGACCAAUGACCAGAUUGUCUUAGAUAUUCUUAAGACUUUGGAGAAGGAAGUUGUUCCUACUGAAAAGUUGUUGAGAGAAACUAGAGUUGGUGUCGAAGUUAACAAAUUUAAAAAAUCAUCUAAUCCAGAAAUAGCCAAAUUAGUUAGAAAGAUUAUUUCUGCUUGGAAGGAUGUUAUUAACAAAAAUAAAUUAAAGAUGAGGCAACAACAGCAACAACAGUCAUCCUCGAGUGGAGUCACUCCGUCGGAUAACAAACCAGAUGGAUCUAAGGAAAAUUCUGUCUCCAGUACAAUAACUACAGAUGCAAAUGGUAGUAUAUCGAAGAAAGUAAGUAAAUUUCAAAGUUCCAAGACUAGAAAUGCCAAGAAUGAUGGUGUGAAUACUAUUAUAUAUCACAUUAAAUUACGUGAUAACGUCAUUAGAGCACUUUAUGAUUCAUUAGCCAAAGAAAGUGAACAUCCACCAAAUUAUAUACUACAAUUGGCCAUUGAAAUAGAAAAGGAAAUGAACAAGUUGAACGAUAUUAUGACUCAUGAAAAACAAUAUAAAGAAAAAUAUAGGGUCAUUUAUUCUAAUAUUAUAUCAAAAAACAAUGCUGAUUUGAAAGUUAAGAUCACUAAUGGUGAUUUAACACCAAAUUUCUUAGUCACAUGUGAUCCAAAAGAACUAGCACCAGAAUCUUUGAGAAAGAAGUUAGAAGAAAUUAAAGAGAAGAACUUAUUUAAUGCACAAGGUGCUACUAUCGAAAGAUCCGUAACAGAUAGAUUCCAAUGUGGUAAAUGUAAAGAAAGAAAAGUGUCUUAUUAUCAAUUACAAACUAGAUCUGCUGAUGAACCUUUAACAACAUUUUGUACGUGUGAAGUUUGUGGUAAUAGAUGGAAGUUUUCUUGA